AUGGACGAGCGCUACUACCCCCUCGGCACGCGUGAGCGAUAUCGUUUCGAGGAGCGCAUGCGGCGAGCUCGGGAAGCGAGGCGGAAGCAACUCCAGGAGGAGCUGCACAUGAGCGAGUGCACGUUUCAACCAAAGGUCCACAGCAGCGGGGCGUCCAAAGGCCGGGCAUCAAAGCAUUCGAAGGAUGAAAGGGGAAGGGAAAGGGAGGCGGAGGGAUCCCAUCGUCAUUCGGAUCCGAACGUUUCCGUCUUCGAUCGCCUCGCGCGGCAGGCCGAGGAGCUUCACGCGAAGUCGGUGCAGCGCGAGCGGCAAAAACAGCGCGAGGAGCGAGACUCCCGGGAGUGUUCAUUUCGCCCUCAAAUCAACACCACCCCUCGCCUGUCAAGGAAUUCUUCCGAGCUUGAGAGGCAGGGGAGGGUGGAGGAUCGUCUUCUGCGCUAUGGCCGCGCCACGGAGCGUCAUAAGGAGUUGCAACGCCGGCAAAAAGAGGAGGGGAGGUUGAGUUUGAGCGCAAAUGGCAACCUCUCCUCGAUGGAUCCCGAAUCCCGGCGGCUCGCGCAGCGGGAGUUUGAGGAGCGCAACGAGGAGCUCCUGCGGCGACGGGAGCAAAAGAGCGCCAUGGCGGAGUGCGAGGCCCCUUCGACGUCGUUUCACCCACGAAUCUCAUCGAACUCCAUCGCCCUCGACGAGGCGGCGCGCGCGCGAAAAGCGGAAAGCGGCGAGGAAUCCUCCCGCCCCUUGAAACGAGGCGAACUUCUCUACGAAAAAGGCAUGGUCUCCCACGUGAAGAAACUCCAGCUCGCGGAGGAGCUGCGGAGGCGUGAGGAGGAGGAACUCUGCCACGGGCAUAAACCCCAUAUCAACCCUUACACGAACGACUGGCUUCAACGGAGUGAGAAUCAGAAGUUCUUUGCGAAGGAUUUUAUCUCCCGUCAGGAGAUCUACCAUGAGGCUCGGGAGGAAUUGAAGGACCUACUCGCCGAGGAGGAGGAGGCGAAACGAAGGCAAGCCUUUGCCCACGCUCGCGUGAGCUCGGAUACGAUCCUAAGCCAGGUGGAGCGUCUUUACAACGAUGCCGUGAAAGCCUCAAAAGUGAAAUCGUCCAAGGCGGGCGAUUCUUUCGAGAAGGCGUGCCCGUUCAAACCCGAGCUUUCCAAGGGCUCGCUUCAGGUGCUGCGGAAGAUGCCGCACCGCGAGAAGGACGUCGUCUCUCGCCUCACCCGCCCGGGGUCGUCCACGGCGAAAGACGAGAAAGAACCCUCCAAGCGCCGCCUCAGUGGGACGUCGUCCGACAAGGGGUAUUUCCACUCUUCGCGGCGACCAACUAGCGUGGAAAAGAGGGUUCUUGGGAAUAGGGGCGGGCCCCUAAACGAAUCGGGCUCGGACUUCGAGAUGGAUGCCUGCCAUUCGCAACUUUCCAGCUCCGGAAGGCGGGUGAUUCGCCCGGAAGACGCCGAGGCCUUCUUCCAACGUCAGAUCGAGGCUCAGCGGCAGCGCGAGGAGCGGAUUCGUCAGGAGCAGCAAAAAAAAGAGGAGGAGGAGAUGGAGUCGUGUACGUUUCGCCCCAUGACAAACGCCCAUAGCGUCCGGCAAGGCAGCCAUCUCGGGGGAAGAGGGUCGGAUGGCGGAUUUUCUUCCUCCCCUGAGGGCGGAGAGGAGAUCUGUGGGGUGCGGCUUUUUGUGAUGCGGCAGGAGGAGGCGAGGCGGCGCCGUGCGGAGAAGGCGGAGCUCCUCGCCAACAUCGGUUUGAGCAAAGCGUUUUGCGAGUGGCGAAGUAGGAGAAGCGGUGCCCGCAGCCCGAUCGCGUCGAUGCCGUUUCGGGUGAGCACGGGGGUGGAAACCCCACCCUCGCAACGCUCCACCCCGGAGCUGUCGGAUCUCCAACGCCGCUACGCCCGCCUGAGCUCUCGUUUGGUGUCGUUGGAUUCGACGGCGGCGCCGCGCACGCACCAUUUGCCUCCACUACGGAAAGGCGAAGAGCGAACUCCAGAUUGA